AUGUCUCCCACAAUCCCCGAGACCCAAUGGGCCCAAGUCGUCGAAAAGAAAGGCGGACCCCCCGUGUACAAGGAAAUCCCCGUCCCCAAGCCCGGUCCCGAUGAAGUCCUCGUCAAGCUGCAAUACACCGGUGUCUGCCACACCGAUCUCCACGCCAUGAACGGCGACUGGCCUCUCACCGUGAAGCAGAACCUAGUCGGUGGUCACGAAGGUGCCGGCGUUGUUGUCGCAAAGGGCUCUCUCGCCCAGGGAAUUGAUAUCGGCGAUCACGCGGGUAUCAAAUGGCUCAACGGCUCCUGUCUCGCAUGCGAGUUCUGCAAGACUGGCGACGAGCCUUUGUGUCCAGACGCUGCGCUGUCCGGAUACACGGUUGACGGUACCUUCCAGCAGUACGCGAUUGGCAAGGCGGCCCACGUGUCGAAGCUGCCCAAGGAAGUCCCGCUUGAUGCUAUUGCGCCUAUUCUGUGUGCCGGUAUCACCGUUUACAAGGGUCUCAAGGAGUCCGGUGCGCGUCCUGGUCAGACUGUUGCUAUUGUUGGUGCUGGUGGUGGUCUUGGCUCGCUUGCUCAGCAGUAUGCUAAGGCUAUGGGCUUGCGUGUUAUUGCUAUCGAUGGUGGUGAUGAGAAGAAGGCCAUGUGUGAGAAGCUUGGCGCAGAGACCUACGUUGACUUCACCAAGAGCACCGAUCUCGUUGCUGAUGUCAAGGCUGCUACUCCCGACGGUCUUGGUGCCCACGCAGUGCUCUUGGUUGCUGUCUCCGAGAAGCCUUUCCAGCAGGCUGUCGCAUACGCUCGCUCCCGUGGUACUAUCGUUGCCAUUGGUCUUCCCGCCAAUGCGUUCCUCAAGGCUCCUGUUUUCGAUACCGUUGUCAGGAUGAUCAACAUCAAGGGCAGCUACGUCGGUAACCGCCAGGAUGGUGUUGAGGCCGUUGACUUCUUCGCGCGUGGCUUGAUCAAGGCUCCUUUCAAGACUGCUCACCUGAAGGACUUGCCUGAGGUUUUCAAGCUCAUGGCGGAAGGCAAGAUUGCCGGUCGCUACGUCCUCGAGAUUCCCCAAUAG